AUGUCAAGUAAAGAUGCUGUUAUUUUGAAUGAUUUAUACGAAUUUAAUUGCUCAGAUACUUUAGGCAAAGGAUCUUUUGGUACUGUUUAUAAGGGUAGAGUUAUCGCAACUAACGAGGUAGUAGCUAUCAAGGCUUUAAACAGAUCAUUGCUACAAAUUCAAAACUAAAAAUUCAUGAUAGAUUAGCUUAAAAAGGAGAUUAAUUUAAUGUAAGAAAUAAAAAGUGAACACAUUGUGAGAAUAUAUGAUUUGGUAGGAACUGAGACUCAUAUUUAUAUUAUUAUAGAGUAUUGUGGUGAUGGAGAUUUAAGAGGCUUGCUUGAAAAAAAUAACUACAAUAUUUCUGAAUCUCAAGCGAUUUCUAUAUUGUAACAGAUACUCUAGGGGUUUAAGAGCUUAAUAGACUAAGGCUACGUCCAUCGUGACAUUAAACCAGAAAAUAUUCUUAUAAAUAAAAACACAUUCAAGAUAGCAGAUUUUGGUUUUGCAACAAAAAUCCAAGAUUAGAACGCUUAAGUAUUAAAAGAGUGUGUUGGCAGUCCUUUGUAUAUGAGCCCUCAGCUACUUUAGCAAAAGCCAUACUCUUCCAAGAGUGAUAUUUGGUCUAUUGGAUUGCUCUAUUAUGAAAUACUAUUUGGAAAACUCCCUUGGCUUUGCAGAGAUAUAAAUUCUCUCUUGAUUUAAAUAAGAAAAGUUCCAGUAAGGUUUCCUUUUGAUAAACCUGUUACUGAUUUCUCCAAGGAUUUUAUAAAGGGAUGUCUCUAAUUUGAAGAAUAUAAAAGAUUUAGUUGGGAUUAAGUCUUUAAUCAUGAACUAUUUUAGCUUGAUGAUGAACUUUCUCCUAUCCCUAGGAGUUAGAGCUAAAAAUAGUUUAGCGGCGAUUUAUCAAAAGUAAAUUCAAAAUAGAAUUUAAAUGAUUCAAAUGAGAGAAGCUAAACUCCCAAAUUGGAGUAGAAAAAGAAAGAUUCUGAUGAAGAUGAUUAAAAGUAAAGGGAAAAUGCUCAGCCCAAACAGUAACAGUCUCCUUUUUAACUAUCUAGAGAUGCAUCUCCUAUUAAACAAUUAUAAGAAACAAGAAAAGAUCUUAAAUAAAAUACUGAAUCUAAUUUUAUGAAUAAAAAACACUUCAAAACUGAGAUUUCUUUAGAUUUCAAAAAAGAAGAAAUAGAUGAAGAUGAAAAUAGCAAAAAAUCUGAGAAUAGCUAUUUAAAUUCUCCUAGAAAAAAUAAAACAAAAGAAAUUAAGCAGAAUAAAAAUCAUGCUUAUGAAGAAAAGUAAAACCUAAAGGAAAAAAGCUAAAAUGAUGAAAAUGCCAAAAGCCUUCCUAAAUCUUAAAUUCUCAACCAAAGUUUAGUUGCUUAGUAGAACAAAUUAAAAGACUUAAAUAAAACUGAUAAAAAAAUAUUAAUGAUGUUGUAAGAUAUAGUUAUGUUUUACAAUAUCAAUUUGAAAGAUUUGUUUGAUAGAUUCGAUUUAGACUAAGAUGGGAAAUUAACUGGUGAUGAAUUCUUUAUUCUCCUAAAAAAAUUAGACAAACAAAUCAAAGAAUCAUAGGCCAAGCAUCUAUUUUCUAUCCUUGAUAAGCAAGAAAAUGGUUACAUGCUUUUUGAUUAAUUUGAGAGCAUGUUUAAUGAAUGGGAUUUCUCAAAUCUGUAAGAUAGAGCCCAAGUGAUAAUCAAUGAACUAAAAGAGAUUGUUAAAGUGAAUAAAUUAGAUCUUGAAAAUAUAUUCAAAAAUUUUGAUAAAGGAUAAAAUGGAAAUCUCUCUCUUUAAGAGUUUGAAGAACUGAUCCUCUUGAUUGCUCCUGGAAUUAAAAAAAAUGAAAUAAAAUAAAUCUUUGAUAAGUUUGACUUAAAUAAAGAUUAAUAAAUUAGCUUUAAUGAAUUCAGUAAUGUGAUGACUCGCAAAAUAUUCUUACAAGAUGACGAAGCAAAUGUAUAAACAAAGCAGAUAGCAAAUAUCGUAAAGGAAUUAAAGAGUGUAUUGCUUUCUAAAAACAUAUCAACAGAGCUUGUAUUCAAAAAUUUUACUAAAAAGAACCAUCCAUACAUGAAACUUAGUUAGUUAAAAAAACUUGCUCGUAUUGUAGACGACUCUAUUGAUGAUCAAGGCAUUCACUUAUUAUUCAGAUACAUGGAUAUAGAUAAUGAUGGAGAAAUAUCAUACACAGAAUUUAAAACAUCUUUAGACAUGUGA